GAACAAUUGACAAGGCGCUAAAAAUAGAACAAUCUUGUGACUGAGAGAUCAACGUAAUAACUUUCAUAUAAAAUCACGUUUUUCUCUCUCUUGUAGUGGUUUUUUCAAACGUUUAUUCAGGGGAACAGACAAUUUUGGACUCUUUAAAUAUUGACGUCAUUUUCAAAGAUGAAGAACACAACAAACCUUGGCCUGAUGGUGGCUGUACUGGCUAGUCUGCUGUCGUGGUCAGCUGCUCACUACAGCCCGUCAGUCUACAACCUGGCCCAGUAUUGUGGCAGCACCAUCAGCGUGUACAACGACGUCAGGAUCGUGAUGACCCCCAACGACAACCUGUACCCCAACACCAACUGCACGAUCAAGCUCCAGCCCUACACGGGUGUGGCCAUCUCGGCGUCGUUCGUCAACUACAGCAUGUCACCCCAGUACGUGGACUCCUCCAACAACUGCCCCUACAUAUCCAUCUUCAUGACCUCUGACCAGGGCAACUAUUUCGGGUACAGGGGCUACUGUGGCCGGGACAAACCGCUGGGAGACUUUGACAUGGGACUCCGUGGUAGCAUCAGCAUCAAGAACUGGCUCAACGCUUACCUGACCACCCCACAGGUCGACCUCCUGGUCACUGAGGUAUUUGACCGCUACAUGGACGGAAACUGCCCGUACGGCAAGUUUGACUGCCAGAGACAGAACUACUGUAUCGACGACGUGCUCAAGUGUAACGGCUAUGACGACUGCGGCAACAGACGUGACGAGACGGUGGGCUGCAGACGACCACCAGUGCUGGACGUCAACCUACAGAUUGGUCUCAUUGCCGGGGGCAGCGUCUGCUUCCUCCUCAUUGUCAUCGUCGUCGUCGUUGUCGUCUGUAAGAGGAGAAAUACAAAGGGAGGCUACAUACAGUUUUAGGAAUCAGCAAGAUGGAACUGGAACCAUAUUCAAUGAACACAUCCAAACUUGAUCUCAAGGGCCUUGCUGACUUGUGUAUAAAUAAAGUUUUACUAACAAAGCU